GUUAAAACGACACACGAACUUGCAGACAUACAGAAACUACACUUGAAUAAAGUCACCAUAUUCAACAGAUCUGUUUGAAAUGGGAGUAAAUGACACAGGAAUCAAAGACCUAUCAGAAAUAAUAUAUUUAGAGGAUAACAUUUUUGAAGAAAAUUAUAGUACCUGGAAAAACUGGACGCCAGUGGAGACGAACAGAAUCGAAAAUUUUUUUAGCACUAACAGCGUGAGAAUUUCUCUGAUUUUAGCCUAUACAUUUGUAUUUGGUUCUUGCUUUCUGGGUAAUUUGUUGGUAAUUUUGAUAGUAGCAUUUCAUAAACGGAUGCGCACAGUCACGAACUUCUUUUUGGUAAACCUUGCUGUAGCUGACUUAUGUGUUGGAUUGUUCUGUGUGUAUCAAAACUUGUACAACUACUUAACAACGAGUUGGUCCCUUGGAAAUUUUUUGUGUAAAAUGUAUCAUUUUGUACAAAGUCUGAGCUAUACUACUUCCAUUGGUAUUUUGACAGUGAUUUGCAUAGAGCGAUACAUAGCCAUUGUGCUUCCAAUGUGGAAAAAACGCAUUAUCACUCUACGACGGUUGCGUUUUGUUAUCAUUAUUGUGUGGUUAGUGAGUGCUGUAUAUUGUUCUCCGCGACUUUUCAUGUUUGGAACAUCUGUUGUGCCACUUAAGGGUGAAUAUUUUGUCAUCUGUCAUAUGAAACGAGCCUUGUACAACUCCAAAACGUACGACAUUGUGAAUUUUGUUGUGUGUUUUCUUCUCCCGUUAAUUAUAAUAUCAGUUAUGUAUUCCAUUAUAUGCGUUCGUCUUUGGAAAAACCAGAUGCCGAAACAACCAGAUGAGAUGCGAUUGAGAACAUUUAGUAAGGCAAUACAAAAUAACAGUACGGUUUCCUCAGUAAUGGAAAGAAAGGAAGAUGCUGACAGUUUAAAGGCUGAAAAUUCAACAAUAGUUUUACAUAAGGAAUUACCGAGAUCUAGAAACUGGCGAAAAAGAACGAGAACUUUAAUUCUCAGAAGAAAUUCGCAGCAGAAUGCUAACACACCAGUCAUUAAAGCUCGACGAAAAGUGAUACGGUUACUAGUGGCUGUUGUAUUUACGUUUAUGCUCUGUAACCUGCCAUUUCAUGCGAGAAAAUUUUGGCAGUACUGGUCACCUAACUAUCAAGGUGGUAGUUCUUCAUCAGCCAUCUUUACCAUCGUCACAAAUUUGAUAUUAUACCUCAACUCGGGUAUAAAUCCGAUUCUGUACGCCUUUCUCUCCAGAAAGUUUCGGCAUUCGAUAAUGGAUCUAGUACAUUGUCGUGUGGAGAAAAGAUUAACUUUUCGGAGAAUAACCCAACGAUUCCAAUAUGAUUUCAGUGGACACAACAACACAGCUGUUUGAUCCCAAGAAAUAUGAAUGAUUAUCUUAUGUUGCUAAUACACGUAAAUAAACCAUUACUAAUACUGGUAAAUCUAAAAGUAGAGUCAUUAAAAAUAUAUUUAAGCAUUUCACUCUUCAAACUUUGACAAAGUUACCAACUAUUGAACUGUAAAAUGUAAUUAAUUUGUAUGAAAAUCUGUACGCGAUAAAAAAUGUAUCUCACCAUUUAAGAAACUUUGAAACUAGAAAAAUAUUAGGUAUUUAUUAUAUCAUGCUGUUUCUGUGUGUAUCAUGAUAUUGAAAAUAUUCCAAGUA